AUGAACAGGCGGUCCUGGACCUGGAUUCUGGACAACUUUCGUCGGUCUUUCAUCCAUUCGCAACACAAAAGGGUGUUCAUCUUCGACAACGAUGUCUUGGAGUUACCACUAGCACCGGCUACAGAUUGGAUCGAGAACUCUUUGACCAGAUACGGGUAUCGGGCCAGCCCAGCUGGCGCUGAAACCACUGUCCGGCAGAGGUGGAUGCCUCAGAUGUGUCUGCUUCCACCACCGUCAGCGUACCUUGUGCUUGAGAAUGUUCAAUUCGUCACCAUCGACGACUUGAGUCGUCUCUGCCCUCACAACACCUCCUCUUGCGACACCGCUUCGGAGGAUAUCACCGGAUCACUACACCGCCUACCGAGGCUAAGGGCCGUGACAGCUGAUUUGGCCCGGAAAACUAUCAGCGAGUCCGCAACCGACUUCCGCCCUAUUCAAGAUGCUCUGCCAGAACUUAGCACCUGGGCAGACGAGCUUGGCUCCCGUUUUGCCGCCAUUUGGCGGCCGCUACAGGAGAAGGGAGUUAAGCUCUACCUCAGAGACCCUACAACGAAGCAGCCAUUUUCGGAGAUCGUAGUGAAGGAGCAAGCUCUGAUGGUUCGCGGCGUUUCGACUCCGUUAAAACUCACAGCAGUGUGA